AUGGCGUCUGCGGGGUCCAACACCAUUAAGGUCAUCGCCCGAUUUCGACCUCAAAACAAGGUCGAGUUAGCCUCCGGAGGUCAACCGAUCGUUCAUUUCGAAGGCGAGGAAUCAUGCAUGAUCACGUCCCAAGAGGGUUCGGGUGACUUCACCUUUGAUCGGGUGUUCCCCAUGGACUCGGCUCAAAGAGACAUUUUCGACUUCUCGGUCCGACCUACGGUUGACGAUAUAUUGAACGGUUACAAUGGAACGGUGUUUGCAUAUGGUCAGACCGGUGCGGGAAAGUCGUAUACGAUGAUGGGAUCCGACAUUGACGACGAUGUGGGAAAGGGUGUUAUCCCCCGAAUUGUCGAGCAAGUCUUCGCCAGCAUCUUGACGAGUCCGAGCAACAUUGAAUAUACCGUGCGGGUCAGUUAUAUGGAAAUUUACAUGGAGCGGAUUCGUGAUCUUCUCGUGCCACAAAACGACAAUCUUCCCGUCCACGAGGAAAAGAACCGCGGAGUCUACGUCAAGGGAUUGCUGGAGGUAUACGUGUCGAGUGUGCAGGAGGUCUACGAGGUGAUGCGCCGUGGUGGAAAUUCGCGAGCCGUGGCCGCGACCAACAUGAAUCAAGAGUCUUCUCGUUCGCACUCCAUCUUCGUCAUCACUGUCAGUCAGAAGAACGUUGAAACUGGGUCUGCCAAGAGUGGUCAGCUGUUCCUGGUCGAUUUGGCUGGUAGUGAGAAGGUUGGAAAGACAGGAGCUAGCGGCCAAACUCUGGAGGAAGCCAAAAAGAUUAACAAAAGUUUGAGCGCCCUGGGAAUGGUCAUCAAUGCGCUCACGGAUGGCAAAUCGACACACAUUCCGUACCGUGACUCCAAGCUCACUCGAAUUCUGCAGGAGUCGCUCGGAGGUAACUCUCGAACGACGCUAAUCAUCAAUUGUUCGCCCAGCAGCUACAACGAUGCCGAAACCGUAUCCACCCUGCGAUUCGGUUCACGCGCCAAGGCAAUUAAGAACAAGGCGAAGGUCAACGCUGAGCUGAGCCCGGCCGAAAUGAAACUCCUCCUGCGGAAAGCCCAGACUCAAGUCACCAAUUUCGAAACCUAUAUCUCGGCCCUGGAAAAUGAGGUCUCAACGUGGCGCAAUGGUGACAACGUCCCCGAAGAUCAAUGGACCCCUGCACGCGGCAACGAGAUCGUCAGCGCGACCAGAGCGGAGGCUCGUGCCCCUCGACCCGGAACGCCAUCUCGUCUUCAAGAAACUGCUCGCGCGGAAACUCCACGGCCCGAUUCCCGACUUGGAGACCGCUCCAGCACGCCCAGCCUGGUGCUGGAGAAGGACGAGCGGGAGGAAUUCCUUCGCCGUGAAAAUGAAUUCCAAGAUCAAAUCGCCGAGAGGGAAACACAUAUCGUGAAUGUUGAACGCAGUCUCCGUGAAGCUCGAGAGGAGCUGAAGUCAAUCAGGGAGGGUGCCGGACGAUCUGGAAAGGACAAUGAUCGCCUGACUACCGAGGUCAAUGAACUACGCAUGCAGCUUGAGAAGGUGUCCUACGAGGGCAAGGAGGCUGCCAUCACCAUGGAUGGCCUGAGAGAGGCCAACUCCGAGUUGACCGGUGAGCUUGAUGAGGUCAAGCAGCAGCUACUCGACGUCCGUAUGAAGGCGAAGGAAACCACUGCCGCGAUGGAUGAAAAGGAGAAGAAGAAGGCAGAGAAGAUGGCGAAGAUGAUGGCUGGCUUCGAUUUGGGUGAUGAUGUUUUCUCGACGAACGAGCGUAAGCUGCAGGGCCUGAUUUCGCGCGUGGACGCCUUGCACGAGGUCAGCGCAGCCGGUGAGACUAUUGCACCUGACGACGUUCUCGAGCUUCGAACUAGCUUGCUAGAGACCCAGGGAUUCAUUCGCCAGGCAGAGCUGACGAUGAACGAUCGAGGUGAGUUUGGCGAUCUGCAGGACAGUCGCCGAACGGAGCUAGAGCAGAAGCUGGAGGACGUCCAGAAGGAAUACGAGGAUCUUCUGUCUCGUAACCUCGGCGAUGGAGAUGUGGAAGAGAUCCGCGAAAGACUUGAGAAGUCCUUCAUCAGCCGGAAAGAUACCGAAGCCGCCGCUGUCGACGAACUCCGAGCUGAAAUUACCCGCAAGGACGAGGAAAUGAACAAGCUGCGACAGAACCUCGUUGACACUGAAUCACGCACCUCAACCAAUGGCACUGCUAGCAAGACACUUCAGCAGCAGAUUUCCGAGUUUGAUGCUAUGAAGAAGUCACUGAUGCGGGACUUGCAAAAUCGUUGCGAGCGAGUCGUCGAGCUCGAAAUCUCGCUGGAUGAUGCACGGGAACAAUAUAACAACGUACUUCGCUCAUCGAACAACCGCGCCCAACAGAAGAAAAUGGCAUUCCUUGAGCGCAACCUUGAACAGCUCACUCACGUUCAACGGCAAUUGGUUGAGCAGAAUAGCAGCUUGAAGAAGGAGGUCGCCAUUGCAGAGCGCAAGUUGAUUGCACGAAACGAGCGUAUUGCCAGCCUCGAGAGCUUGCUCCAGGAGAGCCAAGAGAAGUUGACCCAAGCCAACCACCGAUUUGAGGCUCAGCUUACCGCCGUGAAAGAGCGCCUGGAGGCUGCCAAGCAAGGUUCCACCCGCGGUCUGCCCACAAUGGACGGCAGUGGGAGUUUCAGCUUUGGAGGGUCUCGCAUUGCAAAGCCGUUGCGCGGGGGCGGCGGCUCAGAUGGGCCGCCGCCCAAUGCGAACGUCGCGGGUGUUCAGUCGCAGGAGACGACUGGCAAGCGCACGAGCUGGUUCUUCGGUCAGGACCGCAAGUGA